GCGAGUGGACCCCAUUUCAUUCGUUUUUUGUGGGGACCGGAUCUGGGUGCUAGGUGGGUUAGCCUUCACCGUCCAAGCCACAGCCGUGGUGGGGACUAAUGGUUUUAGGAGCUCAUGACUGGAAUAGACUGAUACCUACUCCUGACUGCAAAGAUGUCAAAGAGGCCAUCCCAUGCCCCGCUCCCCCCUCCUGCCCCUACAACACAAAUUUCCAACAGUUCCGGGUUUGUAGGGUACAACCCAUACAGCCAUCUGGCCUACAACAACUACAGACUGGGAGGAAGCCAAAGCAGCAACAGUCGGGUAACGAACUCCUCUGGAAUAAAUAUCCCAAAGCCACCCAAGCCGCCUGAUAAGCCAUUGAUGCCAUAUAUGAGAUAUAGUCGUAAGGUUUGGGAUCAAGUAAAAGCCUCCAAUCCUGAUCUGAAGCUAUGGGAAAUUGGGAAGAUAAUCGGUGGCAUGUGGAGGGACCUCACUGAUGAGGAGAAACAGGAUUAUUUGAAUGACUACGAAGCAGAGAAGAUUGAGUACAAUGAGAGUAUGAAGGCCUAUCACAACUCGCCAGCCUACCUGGCCUACGUCACUGCAAAGAGCCGGGCCGAGGCAGCUCAGGAGGAGGAGAGCCGACAGAGGCAGUCCAGGCUGGACAAGGGCGAGCCGUACAUGAGCAUCCAGCCAGCGGAGGAUCCAGAUGAUUACGACGACGGGUUCUCUACAAAGCACUCGGCUGCAGCUCGUUUCCAACGCAACCACCGUCUGAUCAGCGAGAUCCUCAGUGAGAGCGUGGUCCCUGAUGUGCGCUCAGUUGUGACCACUGCUCGCAUGCAAGUCCUCAAACGGCAGGUCCAGUCUUUGAUGGUACACCAGAGAAAGUUGGAGGCAGAGUUGCUUCAGAUCGAAGACCGCCACCAGGACAAGAAAAGAAAAUUCAUCGAGGCCACAGAGUCGUUCACAAAUGAGCUGAAAAGGCUGUGCUGUAUGAAGGUGGAAGUGGACAUGGAGAAGAUUUCUACAGAGAUUUCAGCAGCAGAAGAGGCAGCCUGCAAACGCAUGGCAGACCGUGAGAAGGAUGCAGGAGACCGAGGUGCACGGGAGGCCCCCAGCUGUGUCUUAGCAGAAGAAGAUAAACACGUAUGUGCCACACACGGCAGCAAGCCCAAAAACCCUCUGAGUGAAGGGCGCAACACAGAAGGCGAGGGAGCAGAAACCAGCAGCACAGAGACACAAGGGAAGCCAAAAUCCUCUGAAGAGGUUGAGGCUCAUCCAGGCAGCGAGGAGGUGGCAUCGGAGGACAAGGAGAGUGUCCCAGAGGGAGCCAUGGAGGAGGGGUCCAGCGACAGUAACACGGGCUCAGAGACCACCUCUGCUCAGACAGAAGAGGCCCAGCCCAGUGAGCCAUCAGAGGGGCCCAGCAGGGCGAGAGCAGCUCUGUCCAACACCUAACUGUUUCACCCUCUGAUCAUAUAUAUAUUACACAGUAUCAUCUCAGUUUGUCAAAGCAUAUGAAGAACAUCCACAUGUUUCAAAAGCUUGAGGCAAAGAUGAUGUUUUAGCCGAGUUUGAAAACACAAAGGCUCCCAGACAUGCGAUGAAUAUAAAGCACUUGGAGCUGACAAUGCAAUGACCCUGUCCAAAAGAAAUGAUCAAUGGCUGCUACAGUAAGUGUGCCACGUGAAAGCACUACCUUUCCUCCACAGGCUUCUGGCCAUUUGGAAGAACCCAUACAGGCCCUCUUCAGCACAUAUGGAUACAUAUCUCCAGCACUAGGUCUGGCAGGGGAAGACAGGCUAUUAGAAAGAGAAGCCUGUCACAUGAAACAAACAUUGUUCAGUGUUAUAUUUAACUUUGUCCUUUGUAUUGUAGUGACCUUGUUGCUAUUAUUGUUAUUUUUGCAUGUUGCUAUUUAAAAAAAAUCAAGUCAGCAAACUUGUGAAGCUGGAGAAUAUUUGUUUAGUCUUUGUAUCAGUAUUACAGUGACAGUAUUGUCUCAGGAGUUUGUAUUCAUUAGUAAUAAGUAUUUUUGUCAUCAUUUUGUAUCAUACUUAUGUAUUUGUUGUCAACACGAUCAUCAAUGCUGUACAAUGCUCGACCAACUGUGUUCUCAAGUUUGCUAGCUGUCAAUCAAAUCAAAGCAGUACGCUUAGAACAUUUCUGUGUUAUGAUCAAAUUUGCUAUUUUCCGCCGAAAAGCUUUUAAAUGUACCGUAAUUGUGUACACCGUGUAACGAGGUUUGCUUGAACUUUCCAUGUUGUGAAGCAGCUUGAAGAACAUUCAUAAACAUGCAGUCUUCAAAUGAAUUUCUUUUUGCAUAUUUAUACCAAUAAACUUUUCUACCCUGAA